AUGAUGUUUCCUGGCCUCCUCGCGCCCCCCGCCGGGUACCCUAGCCUCUUGCGGCCCACACCCACCCUGACCCUGCCCCAGUCCCUGCAGUCAGCAUUUUCUGGCCACUCUAGCUUCCUGGUGGAGGAUCUGAUUCGCAUUAGCCGGCCCCCUGCCUACCUACCCCGCAGUGCGCCCACAGCCAGCAGCGUGUCGCCGCCCAGGCAGGGACCGCCUACUGCCCUCUCCGACACGAGGGCUUCAGACCUGGGCUCCCCAGGGCCUAGCAGCCGGCGGGGCAGCUCUCCGACAACGACACUCUCCUCUGCCAGCGAGUCCACGUUUCUGAAGUUUGGGGUGAACGCCAUCCUGUCCUCAGCACCCAGAACAGAAGCAUCCCCUGCCUUGCUCCAGAGCGGCCCUCCCAAGACCUUCACUUUCCCUUACUUUGAAGGUUCCUUCCAGCCUUUCAUCAGAUCAUCUUAUUUCCCAGCAUCCUCGAGCGUUGUGCCCAUCCCUGGGACCUUCUCCUGGCCGCUGGCCGCCCGUGGCAAGCCGCGCCGGGGCAUGCUGCGUCGCGCCGUGUUCUCCGACGUGCAGCGCAAGGCCCUGGAAAAGAUGUUCCAGAAGCAGAAGUACAUCAGCAAGCCCGACCGCAAGAAGCUGGCGGCCAAGCUUGGCCUCAAGGAUUCACAGGUGAAAAUCUGGUUCCAGAAUCGACGCAUGAAGUGGCGAAAUUCCAAAGAGCGUGAACUCCUGUCCAGUGGCGGCUGCAGGGAACAGACCCUCCCCACCAAGCUCAACCCGCACCCGGACCUCAGCGACGUAGGUCAGAAGGGUCCAGGGGACGAAGAGGAGGAAGACGAAGCCCGGGGUAGCCCCAAGCACCGGCUGGCCCUCCACAUGUCCCCCGACCCUCUGCACCUACGGGACCAGCGACUCCAGGGACCAAUACCUCCAUCACCGACGCACUCCGGCAGCCCUGGCAAACCCUCGGACUUCUCCGACUCGGAGGAGGAGGAGGAAGAUGGUGAGGACGAGGAGGAAAUAACAGUCUCCUAG